GACAGUGACAUAAAUACUGUUUUGCUGUUAACAUCGUUUUUAAAAUAUUCGUAAUUUGUUAAAGGUUUUAAAAUGAAAUUUUGUAUUUUGAUUUUCCUUAUUGUUGCGAUAUUGGCCGCCUUUAUUCCUAUCGCUCCAGCUAACCCAAUAUUGGAAAAUGUUGAAACGUAUAACGAAAUUGAAAAUCAAACAUGUACACCGAUUGGAGGAAGAUGUUAUUAUUCAGAACAAUGCUGUAGCAAAAGAUGCCUUUCAUAUACAGCCAAAUGUUUGUUGUGUUAGUGGCGGCAGCCUUUA